AUGCGAGAAAAUGUGAGAAAUUUUGUUCGUUUUUUUCUCCUCGAUUAGAAAGUUGAUUUGACUCCGGUGGUACAUUCGUGACAGCCUUUACGAGGCGAUCAUUGACAUGUGUGUUCAUGUGGGUUAGGUUUUAAAUUUCGGUGAUUUUUUUUUAUUAAAGUUUUCUCGAUCGCCGAUGUGUAAUUGAUUAACAAUUAUGGAAAAUAACGAGUUUUUCAUCAAAAUAGUGAACAAUGAAAAGGGUAAAGGACUGUUCUCGAAUCGUGCAUUCAAGGAGGGAGAUAUUAUACUUACAGAGAAACCAAUAGUCUGUUGUCAAUUUUCAUGGAACUCCGACUAUGGAUAUUUAGCAUGUGAUCAUUGUCUGAGACCCUUAGAAAGUGCUCAGGAAAAUGCUCAGAGAUUAACGGGAAAUCCAAACUUACUUCUACCAUAUAGCGAAUGUUGCGAGACGAACAAAAAUUUAAUGACCGAAUGUCCUGCUUGUGGAGUAAAGUAUUGUAGUACAGAAUGUCAGACUGAAGCAUUUCAAAGAUAUCACAGCAUAUUAUGCUUGCAAUCAAGAAUGAAGGAUGAAAGCCAUUCUCUUACACAAUUGAAUGAAACAUGGAAACAAAUGCAUUAUCCACCAGAAACUGCAACAAUCAUGUUGCUGGCUAGAAUGGUUGCCUUAGUUAAUCAAGCAAACAACAAGCAGGAAGUUUUAUCAAUCUUUUCACAGUUUUGUCAUCGUACUACAAACGACACACAUGAAAUUGCACACAAUUUGUUAGGAGAGAAAUUUGUAGGUCAGAUUGACGUCCUUCGACAAAUGAUGCAGACAGCCCUUAAUACCGAAUACACUUCACAUUGGUUUACCCCAGAUGGCUUUAGAAGUUUAUUAGCUUUAGUAGGAACAAAUGGCCAAGGUAUUGGUACCAGUGCAUUUAGCCGCUGGGUGAAGAAUGUUUCUGCAUUAGAUAUGCCUAAGGAUGAAAGAAUUUACAUUGACAAACUGAUAGAUAGAAUCUAUGAUGACAUGGAGGAAGUGGUAGGUUCGUUUUUAAAUAAUGAAGGAUCUGGUCUUUAUAUUCUACAAUCAUCAGUCAAUCAUAGCUGUGCACCAAAUGCAAUUGCUGAGUUUCCUCAUUCGAAUAGUACUUUAGUAUUAAAAGCAAUACGCGAUAUACAAGUCGGUGAGGAAAUUUGUACAAGUUAUCUUGAUGAAUGUGAACUCGAAAGAAGUAGAUAUUCCAGACAAAAGGCAUUAAGUUCCUUGUAUUUGUUUGUUUGUCACUGUGACAAAUGCCAAGCACAAAUUAAUGAUCCUAAUAUAACAUCUGAUGAAGAAGUGGACGAUGAUGUAUCUAGUUGAACAGAUGCAGAGAGAGGGAAUAAUGAUAUAAUUAUAUUAAUAAUAUACAAUGUUAGAUAUAUAUUGAAUAUAUCUAAUAUAUCUAACCUACUACAAAAAAAAAUAUUCACAUAAUUAUAUAACAAUAAUAUAUUGUUAAGAUUACUUGGAUAUCAUGUAUAACACACCAAGUGAGCAUUAUUAAAUC